GAGAACGUCCGUUGCUAUCCUCAGAACUGCGUGCACAUUGACUGCAGGCAAGGAGCAAGGCUAUCAAUGUCGGCUUCACGGGAUGAGGGCGCUAAUCCCGAAGAGGGCUCUAUGAAAAGUCGCAGACCAUACGGUGUCGCAUGCACAACAUGUCGCCGGGCGAAGAUGAAAUGCAUAGCAUCUAAUCCAGAACUAGAUCGCUGCGAUCGUUGUGUCAGGCUACAAAGAGAUUGCGUAUAUGAGCCCCAUCGCCGUGGCCUCUGGCGUCGAGAGCGAUUGGACAAAGGGUUACGAGAUCACACCCAUGGUUCUGGUGGUGACAGUGACCAUCCAACUACUGGAUUGCCCGAGACGAGGGAGACUACAGGGCCUCCAGAACCUCUUGUCGUCCCAAGACGCAGUGAUAGGCACGUGUUUUCGGGAGGUUAUGCCGUUGCCCCAGGCGGCGAAACCUUGGCGCCUGAACUGCUUCGAUCCCAGCCAGGAACUAAUAGCACCCAAUUCAUGCCUCAAUCAUUCAUUACCAAGUCAGAAGAUACUCGAGGACUAUCUCUCGCCACAGUUCUCGAUCCUGACAAAGGCAUUUUGACUGCAGUCGCAAACAGCGAUAAACCCUUAGACACCGACAUAAGCAAAGGAACACCGUGGGGUAGCGAUGACCCUAUUAAUAUUGGACUCAUAAGUCGACCAUCAGGCCAGUAUCUUUUCGAAGGAUUCUUUAAACACUUCAACUGUCUUGUUGGGCUUCUAGAUCCUCAACUCUACACAUUCUCGUACACACGCGGGACAUCUAGCUUACUCUUUAGCAUAAUUCUGGCCAUAUCGGCCAGAGUCUUUCAACCAGAGUCAUACGAGCUGAUCCAGAAGCAUUCAGAAAUACUUCUGGGCCGAGCGUUGGUCGCAUGCGAUAUUGCUAUAGAGAACAUCUGGGCGAUUCUGUGGUUUGCCACGCGCAUGGCGGCUUCUGCUCAGUGGAACAAGUUCGAGGAGAGCAUGGCGCCUGGAAAUGAGCCAUUGGCUAUGGCCCAGACAGAGGCCCAGGUUCGGCAACGGCGAGAUAAGGAGCGCAUUUGGCUGGCAUUGGGCAAUCUGGAUCGGACAUCAAGCCUCUUCACGGAUCGGCCGCUUGCUACUCAAAUGAUCAAUAAAGAGAUAGGAGCUCGAAGUUGGUUUUUUUGGAAAUUCCAAAUCUCGAGCCCUUUCAACUGCCCCUUCUCUACUUCUUUCGAGAUUACACAAGGCUUUACUUCAACUCUGUUCUCUUGCAUCGACUUCUAGUCGCCCACGACUCCAACAACAUCUCUCGCGAUCGCGACGUUGCCAACACGAUCCAACUCUGCUUUUCGUGUGCACUAAGUGUGCUGCAACAGGUGACUGAGAUGGGCAAACUGGAUAUUUUAUAUUUUCUUUGGGAUACUGCACAUCUAAUGACGGCAUAUUCGGCGAUGAUGGCCCUCAAGCUGUUAAGUCAACCCGGCCAUCUACCUCCGGUCCUGGCGCGCGAAGCGUUUGAAGUACUUGCUGAAUUGAGCCACCUAUACUCAACAGCGGCUAGCUCGCUUCGUACCGCAGACUCGGAAUCUCGUCUAUCUAUGGGGGGCAAAGUUCCCCCGAGCAGCCCAGCCGGGGUCCAGGCACGCCUUCUUGGAGCGAUCUUGGCGCGUUUGAAAUCAGCAUUUCAAAUUGCUGAAAAUGAGACUAGCGGCGAGUCGUCGAGAAAUACCUUGGAUUCAGGUAUGCCAUCGAUGCAGAGCGAAGAGCAAUCCAUAAUUACU